CUUGCUGACAUAGUAAAUGACAGUGAGCCCAUGCAUUUGGGAAUUUUUGAACAGUAUUUAAAAGGGAGACUUGAACCAGAGGAGCUGACACUCCAGAGGCAACAUCAGUACAUGAAGCAGGAACGUCAGGAGAGAGAACAUCAACAUUGACCUUAGCUCAGCCAGCUUUCACCAGGGAUGUGGGUGUCCCUGGCUAGACCAGCAUUUACUGCCCAUCCCUUACUGCCCAGAGGGCAACGAGGAGUCAACCACAUUGCUGUGGGUCUGGACUCACAGGGUGUGGGUGUCCCUGGCUAGACCAGCAUUUACUGCCCAUCCCUUACUGCCCAGAGGGCAACGAGGAGUCAACCACAUUGCUGUGGGUCUGGAGUCACAGGGACAACUGAAGGAAACGACCAUCCAAAUACAGUGCUCAGCCCAUCAGUAUGGCAGGAACAGCAGUAGAUUCCCUAGAACUGGCAAAAGCCAGCACCGAGGUUGCAACUGCAAUGGUUGCAGUGAGAAAUGCAAUGUCAGUUGUUGAGAGUUUAGGAAAAUUCGCCUCUGCUGCUGGAGCAGUAGGAGCUGUUUUUGGUGUAGCAGCAGCAAUUGUUAAACUUGCUAUGGGUAAUGUGGAGAGUGCGGAGCUGAGAUAUAUGAAGGAGCAGUUCCAGAUAGUCAGGAACCAGCUGGAUGUCAUUUCAGGUCAGAUUCAGCAAGUGCUUCAGGCUAUUGAACAAAGUACAGUUAAUAAUCAGUACUUCCCCAUUGAGGAGAAUCUGAGAAACCAAUUCAGGAAGUACAUGGACAUCCUGAACACAAAACCGGAAUACCGGGAGAAGGAGAAAGAAGAAUUCCUCACACACUUCGAUGUGACUAAAGGUGACCAGAACCUUCACACUCUCUAUGAUGCUGUGAUGGGGUAUUCUGCCAUCUUUGGCAAACCCAUUCUGGAAACUGCCAUGGAAUAUGACCAGAGGAACCGGCGUCUGAUGGAGGGGCUCUGCUGCCGCCUCAAAGAGCUCUUCUGCAUUGGCCUGAUUGCCCUGGUGGGUCACUCCGCUAUCACUGGGACUGAUGUAGAGGCAUUAAAGAGAGAGUGGAAUGAGAAAAUGGACAAAGUAGAGAAUAAAAUGAAAUCCAUGAUAGAUCGGUGCAUCAAUGAGUUUGCUGAGCAGGCAGAAAUAGAUGUUGAGAAAAUGAUAAAUGAAAAGGGUGGAAGAAAUAACUGUGAAUGUGUAAGUUACAUUCUCAAUGGUUUAUCAAAGAAAUAUGACUGGGUUAAAUGGUCUGUACGGGUCUAUAACCCUGUCAGUGGGUUUGACAAUCACUGUGUCAUUGGCCCCAAUCGGUUUCACUUUUUCAGACACAAUGGGGUUAAUGCUGUUGUCUCCUAUGCAAUUGAUCCAAAACCAAUUAAUGAAAGUCACAUAAAGCAGUUAAUGGAGGGGAAAGAUGGCUGGUCUGAUGCAAUAAAGGUUGCUGAACAUGUGGACAAACACCUUCCCUCUGGGCAUGUUGUACAUGUAGUGAGACGCUACAAGGGUCUGUGGUACCACAGUAACAUUCCUGCAAGUUGUCAUUUCUGGGAAAAUUACUCUGGUGUCACUCUGUGUGUCCAUUCCACAUAAACAUCCUCCUGAGUUUUCCAGUUCCUCCUCCCCUGAGUUGGUGCUGCUGUGCUUCAGGGCAUGAGGUUUUGAUUUUUGGAUACAUUACUCUAUCAUUGCUUUCUUGUGGAAUGAUGAUCAAUGAAAUCUUCAAUCAAUUCUCUGAAGUUUGAUUACGUAUUUGACCACUUAUCUCUCCCCGACUAUGAUAUACCCAUCAGCAAGUUUGUCCCUUUUGUGUAAUUGGUAAAAAGCUAUAUUCAUUUGAUGAUUUCUCCAAGAUGGCGUUCCCUCCUUAUUGUAAUAAUUGAUUCUUUGAUCAAUAUUGUGAAACCUCUUUUCUCUUCCAUCCCUCUCUCUAUCUCACCUGAAUGCCCAAUAAUGUUAGGCUGCUAGUCAUGCCUAUCUUUCAGACAAGGCUCAGUUACAGCUAUGAUAUCAUACUCCUGCAAGGAGCAUGCUCCUGUGUCUGUUCAGAUCUAACCCAUCCAACUUAUUCAGGGCCCACCGUCUCUAGAAUUGAAAGCUUGGUUUCCUGCACCAUCUCUCCAGUGACACAUUGAUCUACUCUACCCUUCCAUUCUCAUACUCUCUACUCCAUGACACUAAGAAACACCCAGAGGUUGCUAUCUUUAAAGGUCUGCCUUUCAAUUUCCAACCUAACUCCCUAUGUCUGCUUGCAGGACCUCAUUUCUCUUUCUCCCUCUGAUCACUGGUCCCAACAUGGACCAUCAAUUCCAGCUGAUCACUGUUCCCCCUCCCAGUGCCUUUCAGUUAUUACAUGACACAUCAGGCUCUGGCACCCAGGAGGCAACACAUUGAUCCAUCACAGCUUUCAUAUGCCCUCACAAGUGACUCCCCGGUCACUACCGUCCUUCCACACUUCUUCCUCCUUCACCCUCAACCUGAGUAUCUGGAACACCCACAAUGCCAUGGCAUUGGCUCUAGCUGGGCUCCACAAAUGAACCAUCAAUUUGGUUUGCAAUUGACCUACAUUUGGGGAAUUCCCUCUUGACCUGCCUGGUCCCCUUCUUCUGUCUGGCAGUCGCCCAUUCACCCUGUCCUGACAUUUCCUUAAG